AUGAAAGAGCGUCUUUCAAAACCUAUAAAAUCAUUUCCCCUUGUGAGUUUUGGACCAGAAAUAACUCCAAAUUGGUCUGGCUCCUUCACAGAGUCUGGUUUGGCAUACGCUGAAAUCAAGAAAUCCGUAGAAGUCGGUGACGAGGAUCGUGCCAAAUUCGUCGGAUUCACUCUUGUCAACCUGUCAACACUGUCACCGAUCCGACGGUACAUUGGAGGAGUAGGUGAGAAUGAAUCGUCGCCUCCGUCGACGACAACGACAACGAAUCGGCCGCUACCAAUCGUGUGCGAGCUGUUGACGACAGCGAAAACGACGGAGAUUCGCGAGUGUGCAGCUGACAUUUUGAGGAAUUUGGCAUUCGAUGAUGAAGACACCCAUUUCGACACGGACGACGAGGAGUAUGUCGGUAAUAAAGUGUCAGCCGGCGAAUAG